CGUUCAGAAGGUGCCGAACCCGCCCUUCUCCAGGUCCCACCUUUUGAGAGAGGUGGGGAAAGCCGCUUGGAGGAGUGAGGGCGGUGCCAGCUCUAGACUAAUGGAGAGAGCUGAUAGUAAGAGGCGGGAGUGAGAGCGCCAACGAUUGGCCGGCAGUGGCUGUAGGCGCCGAGGCGGGAGCUCCCGGAGGUGGAGGCAGCGGGUGGGGGCCUGGCGGAGUGGAGGGGUAGCAAGAUGGCGACUGAGACGGUGGAGCUUCAUAAGCUGAAGAGCACUUCUUAACCUUUUGGAGGUCACAGAUAUCUUUGAAACUCUGAUGAAAGGUUCAUUCUGUAAAUUAAGGAAAAGCUUUAUUCUUUUUUCUCAGCUUGCUGAACUAAAGCAGGAGUGCCUUGCUCGUGGUUUGGAGACCAAGGGAAUAAAACAAGAUCUCAUCAACAGGCUCCAGGCAUAUCUUGAAGAGCAUGCUGAAGAGGAGGCAAAUGAAGAAGAUGUACUGGGAGAUGAAACAGAGGAAGAAGAACCAAAGCCCUUAGAACUGCCCGUCAAAGAGGAAGAGCCUCCUGAAAAGACUGUUGAUGUGGCAGCAGAGAAAAAAGUGGUAAAAAUUACAUCUGAAAUACCACAGACUGAGAGGAUGCAGAAGAGAGCUGAACGAUUCAAUGUACCUGUGAGUUUGGAGAGUAAGAAAGCUGCCCGGGCAGCUAGAUUUGGUAUUUCUCCAGUUCCAUCAAAAGGUCUGUCGUCUGAUACCAAGCCUAUGGUUAACAUGGAUAAGCUAAAAGAAAGAGCUCAAAGGUUUGGUUUGAAUGUCUCUUCAAUCUCCAGAAAGUCGGAGGAUGACGAAAAGCUGAAAAAGAGGAAGGAGCGAUUUGGGAUUGUCACAAGUUCAGCUGGAACAGGAACCACAGAGGAUACAGAGGCAAAGAAGAGGAAAAGAGCAGAGCGCUUUGGAAUUGCCUGAUGAAAAGCUUGUGAUGCUUUCUGUUCUCCAGUGGUUUCCACCUCUUUGACUGUUCCUGGUCACCUGUAUACCUAAAUGCACAGUUUUGUGCCUAGGUCCUGCCUUGCAGUGAGGGAGCAUGUACCCCAGGUACAUCUGUGAACUCCAGCAGCAGUUUGACUUAUUGCAGUUCCAAGUUUAAGGUUUUUGUUGUUGUGUUGUUGUUUUUUAAUUAUUAUUUUGCUUGUUAAUAAAAAAAAUAGAAAAAA